AUGAAGUACGCGUACGCCCUGCUGGCCCUCGCGGCCGCAGUGACUGCCGCUCCAGCCGCCUCUCCAGAAGCUGCCCCAGAGGCUGCUCCUGAAGCUGCUCCUGAGGCUGCUCCUGAGGCUCAGCCCGAUGGCUAUGCUCAUUACGGUUCUUACCCUCCUCCAAAGGAUGGAUACGGACACUAUGGAAAGUACGGCAAGUACGCGUCCUAUGGCAAGUACGAUGGGAAAUACAAGCGCGAGGCCGAGCCAGAGGCUGAGGCUGAGGCCCAGCCCGAUGGUUAUGCCAAUUACGGCUCUUACCCUCCCCUCAAGGACGGGUACGGGCACUACGGCAAGUACGGAAAGUACGCGUCUUAUGGCAAGUACGGCAAGCGUGAAGCUGAAGCCGACGGCUAUGCAAACUACGGCUCCUACCCUCCCCCUAAGGAUGGCUAUGGACACUACGGCAAGUACGGCAAGUACGCCAGCUAUGGCAAGUACGAUGGAAAGUACAAGCGCGAGGCCGAGCCUGAAGCCGAGGCCGACGGUUAUGCACACUAUGGCUCCUACCCACCACCCAAGGAUGGGUACGGGCACUAUGGCAAGUACGGCAAGUACGCCAGCUACGGCAAAUACGACGGAAAGUACAGGCGUGAGGCCGCGCCAGAGCCAGAGGCCGAGGCCGAAGCCGAUCCCGGCUACGCAAACUACGGCUCCUACCCCCCUCCCAAGGGCGGCUACGAGCACUACGGCAAGUACGCCAGCUACGGCAAGUACGGCGGCAAGGACAGGCGCGAGGCUGAGCCCGAGGCUGAGCCCGAGGUUGAGGCUGAGGAGUGAAGACGGCGAUGCAGAUGAGAAUGCAGAUGGAAAAGCAGAUGGAGAUGGAGGUGUGCAGGGUGGCGAAUCACGAUCCUUAUGCUGUUAUGAUGCUAUGCUUAGACGAAUAAUGUUUACAUACGUUCCUUUUCCGCUGGUGUUGAUUUGAGUUGGCUUGACUUGACCUGACCUGACUUGACCUGAGCUGGUUUUUGUGUUGUGUGGGUGCAUGAAGGAG